AUGACACAGGUGGACCUCCAGGAAAGGUGGGGCAAGGUGUCUCCCCUCUGCAGCUUGAGCGAGGAAGCUCAUGACCCCCAGAUCCUGAGCAUGAGCUUCGAGAGAGAGGAUGAAAAUGGUGGGGAGGCAGGAGACAAAGGGAGCACUGGGGACCCUGAUACCCAGGCCUGUCCAAGAAGCAGCUCCCAGGUGACUGAAGACAAUCCUGACUUGCCAUGGCAUCAUCCACCCAGCCAGGAAGAGAAAUUCUCCAGCUCCUUUACUGCCGGCGGCGUGGAGAAGGAACCGAUGGUGAUGCCUGGGAGGAAGGCCAGCUGGGGAAGAGAUGAGUCCAAGAUCACCCAGACCCAGGACUCCCCUGGACCAGGCACAGCUCCGGGGACCCUCCCUGGCGACCUCUCACACAAGUUGUUAGGUCGGACGCAACCACUUAGGGACUCACUACCUGCCGAAGAUGAUGAAGACUCCAGGGCAAACCUGGCCGCUGCCUUGGGGGUCCCAUCCAGCUUCCCUGAGACGGGAGGAGAUUUCUGUGCACAGAGAGGUGUAGACGCGUCCCCAGACAACUCCUCUCUCACGUGUUUCCCCAAGCCGGGGGGCAGCUGGGACCUCCCCACGCAGGAGACACGCACCCCGGCCCGGGGGUCUGCGCCCGCAGCCAGCCUGGCCGCCGCGGUGCUGGCCAAAGCGCGGACCGGCGGGAAGGGCCAGAAGCUGGAGGGUGCGCGCGAGGGUGGGCAAGAGGAGGCGCAUCCCUACAAGUGCCUGCGGGGAGGAAGGGCCUUCCAGAAGCCCAGCAACCCUCUGAGUCCCUCGCAGCCGCGGGGCACCAAGCCCUACGCUUGUGAGCUGUGCGGGAAGGCCUACUCCCACCGGGGCACGCUCCAGCAGCACCGGCGCCUGCACACGGGCGAGCGGCCCUACCAGUGCCCCUUCUGCGACAAGUCCUACACUUGGUCCUCGGACCACCGCAAGCACAUCCGUACCCACACCGGCGAGAAACCCUACCCGUGCCCGGACUGCGGGAAGGCCUUCGUGCGCUCCUCCGACCUGCGCAAACACCAGCGCAACAUGCACAGCAACAACAAGCCCUUCCCCUGCGCGGAGUGCGGUCUGACCUUCAACAAGCCGCUGUCGCUGCUGCGCCACCAGCGCACGCACCUGGGCGAGAAGCCCUUCCGCUGCCCCGCUUGCGACAGGGAGUUCGCCGUGGCCAGCCGAAUGAUGGAGCACCAGCGUGUGCAUUCGGGCGAGCGGCCCUUCCCCUGCCCCACCUGCGGCAAGUGCUUCACCAAAUCCUCCAACCUGAUCGAGCACCAGACGCUGCACACGGGCCAGAGGCCCUUCAAGUGCGCCGACUGCGGCGUGGCCUUCGCGCAGCCCUCGCGCCUCGUGCGCCACCAGCGCAUCCACACGGGGGAGAGGCCCUUUCCUUGCGCUCAGUGUGGCCAGGCCUUUGCCCGCUCCUCCACCCUGAAGCGGCACCAGCAGAUCCACUCUGGGGAGAAGGGCUUCCUCUGCGCGGAGUGCGGCAGGGCAUUCCGCAUCGCGUCGGAGCUGGCCCAGCACAUCCGGGUGCACAACGGGGAGAGGCCCUACCAGUGCGAGGACUGCGGCCAGGCCUUCACCAGGUCCAAUCACCUCCAGCGGCACCGAGCCAAGCACAGUACCUGCAAGAAGGAGCCCGUCCCCUCCUCCUCUGAUGAGUGA